AUGACCAAUCCCUGCAUCUCCAAAGCUACCCCUGCCUCUGUUGCUGCCGCUGCUCGUGGCUUGCGUCUGGGCGAUACAGCUCCCAACUUUGAUGCCAAGACCACUCAGGGUCAGAUUGAGUUCCAUGAAUUCAAAAAGGAUUCAUGGGCCAUUCUGUUCUCGCAUCCAGAGGACUUUACCCCUGUCUGUACCACCGAGCUUGGUGCUGUUGCCAAGCUAUCUAGUGAAUGGGCUGAACGCAACAUCAAACCCAUCGGUUUGUCUUGCAACACUCUAGACUCUCAUGAAGCCUGGAUUGCUGACAUCAAUGAAACCCAGAACACCACUGUCAAGUUUCCAAUCAUUGCUGAUGCCGAUCGUUCCAUUGCCACUUUGUAUGGCAUGUUGGACCAGCAAGAUUCUACCAAUGUAGACAAGCUUGGUAUGCCCUUGACUGUGAGAUCUGUUUUUAUUAUCGAUCCCAAGCACGUUGUCCGACUCAUCUUGACCUAUCCUGCAUCCACUGGUCGCAACUUCAACGAGGUUCUGCGUGUCGUUGAUUCUCUCCAGCUUACCGAGAAGCGCAAGGUCUGUACCCCUGUCAACUGGCUGCCUGGUCAGGAUGUGAUUAUUCCUCCUUCUGUCAGCCAGGCUGAUGCUGACAAGCUAUUUCCUGGUCACAAGAUCCACAAGCCAUACCUCCGUACUACUGCUCUCUAACUCUUCAACAUGAAGGCGUUAUGGCAUUGUACUUUUCAUUUACUAUAUCCUGUUUAGUUUGAUAUUCAAAUGAAACCUUUUGCUACUUUU